UGCGUAGAGGCAGUAGAGGGGCCGGUGGGGAACACUUGGUUUGGUUAUACUCGUUAAUUGUCUCCACCGACAGAUAAAACACUAGAAAUUAGACAAUUUUUCCAUUGAAAAAUUGAUAAAAGUUGAUUAAACUCUUAUAAUAAUAUCAAAGAUAAAUUGUUAAUUGCUGAUGUAAUAGUGGUAAGUAAUGGAUAAAUAAGCACUGGCCCUGGCUAUUGAUAGUCCUAUAGUACAUAGAAAGUUAUUCUUGUUAAAGAAUUUUACUCUAAAACAAUUGGCUUUCUCAAAAUUCAAAUAAUUAACAACAUGAGCAUAUGAGGAAUAUAACCUACUCACUCAAGUGCCCUUUCAUUUUGGAGACUAUAGUUAAAAUGACAGAUUCAUUGGCCAAGAGUUUUGCUUGUGAGGAAUUUAAUCCUGAUAAAUUCGUGAAAGAAUUGAGUGCUCAGUGUGUGGGUGCUGACGAGCUUCGCAAGCAACGUGCAAGAAUCCAGGAACUGGCUGAUGACACAUCAGCUCAACUCAAGCGAAAUGUCUAUCAGAAUUACAUGCAGUUUAUUGAGACUGCCAAGGAGAUAUCUCAUCUCGAGAGUGAGAUGUACCAGUUGUCACAGCUCCUAGGAGAGCAGAGGUCACUCUUAAGUACUCUGGGAUCCAGCAGGAGUACCAGCCGGCCGCCGGGCAUUUUCGAUGAGAGCCUAGAGUCUCAGCAGCUAAAUGAGACACAUGACAACACUCAUGUGUCAAAGGAGGAAGAGAACAAGCAGCAGAAGCAGAAGCUGGUGCAGUUGCUUGAAAAUGUUGAGGGUGCAAUGAGUCUUGUGGAGACUCCAGGGCGUGUCUGUCUUCACGAGGGAUCCCUCCUCGAGCUCGAUCCCCUUGACGGCACCCCCUUAAAACGAAUCCACGCAUACCUCUUCAAUGAUGUCCUGAUGAUUGCCUCGUGGCUAGCAACAGGAGGUCGCCGAGGCCCUCCUCGCUACAAGAUGCAAGCAGUUUACAAUCUUCAAAGUCUGGCCAUUGUUAACGUUCGAGAUUUGGCCUCUGUUAAACUGGCCUUCAAGCUCCUCGCCUUUCCAGACACUCGUGUCUUUCAGUGUCCAACAGCCAUCAGCAAAAAGGAAUGGCUGGACAAGUGCGAACAAACGAAACGGGCUCAUCUCAAUCAAGAGCAAUCAAGCGGACAAUCAUCGGACUACUCCAACUCUAACUCCAAUCUACAAGAAUCCACAAAGAAUAAAGAUUCUACAAUAGUCCUCCCUUCCAGAUCGCUCUCAUUGGACUCUAACACUCCAAUCGACGAUGGAGACGAGUCUGAGAGCCUUGAGCCACUUCCAGAGUGGCUCCUUGAGGUCACUGAGGACCUGGACUCUUGCAUGGCUCAACGUCACUUUGAGGAAGCCUAUAGUCUAUUGGAGAAAGUGAAAAAUUAUCUCCGAGAAUCACAGCAGACAGCCAACAUGAACGAUAUAAAGUCUAAGGUUGAAGAUCGUGGAAGUCGCCUAGUAGACAUUUUAACUCGAGAACUAGAACUAAGUGCUGAGGCUAAAUCGUUGCAAGGAGGUGGACUUAGAUCGGCUCGGCGUGCAGUCAGGCUUCUCAUUCAACUGGACAGAAGUGCCCAAGCCUGUCAACUAUAUCUCCAGCUUUGCAAUGCAGCAUUAAAAGCUAGAUUGAAACGUGUUAAACGAGAGGGAGCAACGAUCCCCUAUGUCAAACAGCUCAGUGCAAUAGCCUUUAGUAAUAUCGUGGAAAUGGCGAGGGAGUUUCUCAAGCUCUUCCCAGAGUCUAGCAACUGCACCUCGAGUCUCGUCGUAUGGUGCAGUCAGGAGGUCAAACAUUUAACUUCACAUUUGAUUAAACAAUUGUUUAUUCCUCAAGUUAUCCUUGGGACACUGGUCGAGUGCAUUUCCACUAUGAGGGCUCACUGUGAUCAGUUAACCCAGCUGGGUAUGGACCUUAGGUAUCAGCUGGAUGGACAGUUGAGGGUUCCCCUUGUUAGAGCUCUCCAGGAUGCUGGUGAAAAAUAUCUCGAUGCUGUCAAAGUGAGGGCUGGCGAAGACACCUGGAGGCCUUCCAAUCUACAGAACCCACAGAACCUCGACAAACUACUGAGUGAACUCGAUGAUCAGGGAAUUCCUGUGCCCAAGAGCUGUCUCACCGGUGACUGCUGGAUAUCUCUGACGAGCAAUACCAUUGCCUUUGCCAGAUUAUAUGUUGGACUAUUGGUGGAUUGCCUCAGUGUUGCUACUCCUGAAUUGAUUUAUACCAUUGAUAAUGUCCUGGUGCUGGUAAUGAAGGCUCAAGUCCAACAUCUGGUAGCUUCAUUGAAUAAUAUCAAAUUCAAGCAGGAGAGAAAAUUAGUCCAAGAUAAUGCAGUCUACGUUCGUGAUGUAAUUAUCGAACGAGGUUUGGAGCUCUACAAUAGUACAACAGGGCAAAAAUUCAACAAGUUUAUCGAGCUCAAACAACAAAUUGUAUUCGAUCCAGUGCCUGCUAGUAAACCAAAACCAGCGCCGAGAACCUCAGUUCAAAAAUAUUCAACCACUGAAUACUUGUGAUUAUUCCAUUUGUAAUAUACUAUAACUCACUUGUAAAUAAUAUUGAACAAUAAAAUUCUCUAUUUAAUCAAUUAA